AUGUCAUCAGAUGAAGACGAACGUUUACUUAAAAAACAAAUUUUUAAAAAUCCAGUUGAAAUACAAAAAGCUCGACUUGAUCGUUUAAUGAAAAAUGUCGAAAAACCUGUAUUUAUACCAGGAACAAAAGACAUGAAAGCACCACGAGCUUUUCAACCACAUGAAUUUGUACGCAAUGUCAUGGGAGCAAGUGCUGGUGCUGGAUCAGGUGAAUUUGAUAUUUAUCGUGGAUGUCGUCGACGUCAAAUGAUUCGAGAAGCGUAUCUAAGUCGUGAAGCUAAAGAGAGAGAAGCAAAUGCAGAAUGGUUAAAAAAAGUUGAAACAAAUAAGGAAAAAGCCGAAACUCAAGCAGCUAAAAAACGACGAAAACGUUUGAAACAUAAAGAACAUUCAAAAAAUAAAAAAUAUACAGGUAAUCAAAAUUCGAAUAAACCAAAUGAAAGUACUUCAUCAUCAAGUGAUGACGAAGAUGAAGAAAUAUCGAAGUCGGAAACAAAUACUUCAGAUGUUCCCGUAUCAAAUACAGAAGAAAAUCAAACGGUUAAAGAGUCUACACCAUCACCACCAAUCCAACAACAUGAGAAAAUAGGUAUUCGAAAACAUUUAAGACACAGACAAACAAAUUCAAGUGAUGAAGAAGAAGAAAAAAAAGACAAUGCAACUAGUUAA